AUGUACCGAAGAAUGUCGACCUACGAGAAAUGGACUAAAGAGGCAUUAAUUGCACGGGUUUUGGAGCUAGAGAACAAGACCAAGCCACAUGUACCGAAAUCGUCGGCCAAGGAGCUGCCGACGAAGCGGGCAAAGCAAAUGGACUUUUCCAAGUAUACCACCCGUCCUGUCGCUAUUCGAUUCGCAUAUCUGGGGUGGAAUUACCAUGGACUCGCGGUACAGAAAGACCCCAAGACGCCGACUGUUGAACAGAAAAUACUGAAUGCAUUGUACAAAACACGCUGUAUUCCGAGCGAGAAUCCCCUGGACUGCAAUUUCAGCCGCUGCGGACGAACAGAUCGGGAUGUCAGUGCAAUGGCUCAAGUGAUCUCGCUGAAUUUACGGUCAAACCUGUCUCUUGAAGAGCAAAGAGAUCCAGCAAACGAUUCUCGGGAGCUGGACUAUCUCAAGAUUCUCAAUAGCCAUCUACCAGCGGAUAUUUUGGCAUACGAGAUCUGCCUUCGUCCACCCGAGGGAUUUGACGCACGGUUUAGCUGCAAAUACAGACAUUACAGAUACUUUUUCAAUGCCAGAGAUCUGGAUGUUGAGAAGAUGAACGAGGCUGCGCAACUGUUAAUCGGUGAACAUGAUUUUCGAAACCUCUGUAAAGUAGACGCCUCGAAGCAGAUCACCAAUUUCAAGCGGACAAUUCUUCAAGCAGAAAUUGUCCACUCCACUGGGGACCUUCACUUUCUUAGCCUUCGGGGCACUGCUUUCCUGUGGAACCAAGUGCGAUCUGUUAUGGCGAUUUUAUUUAUUAUUGGCCAGGGCCUUGAACCGGUUGAUGUCUUGAGCAGACUUUUGGAUGUCGAUGCUACACCACGUCGUCCAGCAUAUGAGAUUGCUUGGGGAGUCCCACUUGUGCUAUACGACUGUGGGUUUGAAGAGAUGGAGUGGAAAAAAAGUGCGUAUACCACUCUAGAGCACGUACACAACGUAUACCAUGAGCACUGGCAAAAAAUGGUCAUGGCCGAGACAAUGUUGCAAGUCGUGUCCCCAUUUUCGCAGCCAUUACCUACUGGAAGACUUAAUGUGGGUGAAGGCAUCAAUCCCCGAUCCAAAUACGUUUCGCUGUUCCAACGACAAUUUCUAGAGAGCCCAGAGGUUGUGAACGAGCGGUGGCUCAGAAAGCAGGACGAGAAACAAACAGAUGAAAAGAGAUAG